CAUGCGUUCAUCUCCCUAAGCGUCACUUACCUACUGAUAUACGGAAGUAUUUAUAAAUAUUAUCGGAUUAGUUUUUCUGAAUUUACCAUAACAAUGUCAGAUGUAAAACAAGAAAUAGUACCUGCAACUGCAGACCCAAAGAACGUUCAAGACUUAACACAAUUUGUACAACAACUUUUACAGCAGAUGCAAGAUAGGUUCCAAAAUAUGUCUGACCAAAUCAUCACAAGAAUAGAUGACAUGGGGUCAAGAAUUGAUGAUUUGGAGAAGAACAUUGCUGACUUGAUGACUCAGGCUGGUGUAGAUGAACCCGAGAAAUAGCAUGGUCGCUAAGCAACAGGCUGCUUGCUUUUUUUCUUUCAUAUGUGGUCCAGAUUGUUUUUGUCUUAAGUUCAACAACUUCUUUUUGUCAGUGAAGCAGUGUAGUCAAAAUGUGCCAAAGUGUUGCAGUUAAUGUUUUCUUUUUUUAAUGUACACAAUUUUUUUUAUUUAAAAGACAAAUGCUCACUGUAGAUGUGCACUGUCACAAACAGUUGAAUGCCUUGGCAGAUUGUAGUAAGCGUUACAAUGUAGUUGGGUCAGUAUUUGUGGCCUGUCAAGCCCUGCAGUCAAGAUGGGACCAAGGUACCACAAGUGUAUUGGCCAGCUGCCUGUCUACAUUUGGCUCCCAGCCUCUUAAGUAAAAUGUCUCAAGCCAUGUACGCACAGCGCCAAUGGUUGUUGGCAAUUGCGAUUCCAGAGAGUGCUAGUGACGAGGUAUGCGCAUAAGGGUCAUUUUUAAUGAUAAAUUGGACAUACUGCUACCGACAAUUAGCAGACAGCGAUGCAUCCUCAAGCGCACAGAGAUGAAUUUUUUUAUGAUAGAGUGCGUGCCCAGUUUCACUCAAUGGUGCUAAAGAUUGUUGGUUGAUCAAAAUUCAUCAUUGAUGUUUAUUAUUACGUAUGUAUUAUUACAUAAUAUGUUUAUAAUACAUGGUGCAUCAUAAAUUCUGUUUCACGAAAAAGAAGUGGGUUACAUGGAAAGGUCAUGGCUACUUAACAUCAUCAAAGAAAACCACUUUUUAUAAAAAAUAUAUUGAUAGAAACUCUCCUGUCAAAGUAACAUGAUGACCUUUUUUAGAGUAAAUUUGGCACAUUAAAUUUCCUACCAGUAUGUUCAGUGAGUAUUGUUAAAACAUACUUCAAUAAAAUGUAUAGGUUCUUCAAUGUCUUUUAAAUUGAAUGGAAAGAUACUCAAUAAUGUUAAUACCAGUACCAUUAUUUUACAAGUCUGUAAUGCAUUUAUUCGAAAAUUUAUCAGAGGCAAUUUAAUGUGGAAUUAGUAUAUAAUAAUUUAAUAUUGUAUGUAAAUGAAAAAGAUACCGCAAUGGUAUAUAUGGUUUCUUUUUACUGACCAGAGUCACUGUUGGUUAGUGUUGGAAAACCAAAGAAAGCAUAGUUAUAUGUAUGUAUGUAUGUGUGUGUGUGUAUAUAUAUGUAUGUAUAUAUGUAUAGUACUGUAGCUACUGUAUGUCUAUGCUAAUGAAAUUAUGAGGUUACUGAUUCCUUCUUUCCGUGAUCCUUAGAUGUUAAAGGACGCUGUAUCAUGGUUAGCGCCAUACAAGACAGGUUAACAGUGCGACCCCACAGUGAUACUUCUCGGUCCAAAUUUAACUGUAGGAGCAUUAAUCAAGAGGUUGAAAAAGUCACUCAUUUUUGCAACAAUUUCAGUUACACUAUAAGCAAAAUUACAAUGGAACGUUACGCUAAACCCUGCCCCUUUUUUCCUAAGGUCCAACAACCAAACAUAGAGAAAUAUGACUCGGGUUGUGGUUUGGUCUCGCCUAUUGAAGAACAUGUUCUGAUUGUUCGGUUAUGUUACACUGACACACGGGACGUCCAUUGUUUUACUAGAACUUUUUGUUCUGGCUGUAAUCAUGUUGAGUAGUUGAUGAAGUAAUUAAAUGCACACAAUUAUUAUUUUGUAAUUGUAUAGUUCUUAUUUCCAAUUAUAAUGGAUACAGUCUAUGAACUGUUAUUGAGGAUGUAUAGUUACACAGUCAGGUUGUAUAAUGCAUUCAAAUCCAUUAAUUAUUUCCCAAACAGAUAAACCAGUGAUAUCGAACUUGAGGUGCGAGGUUCAAUCGGAGUUGUUCCUUUUUAAUCAAAACAACGUACCUUUUGUUUUCUUGUGUUUCCACAACUUAAAACUUUAAACCAUUUUAGUCGACACUUCCUCUAAAAAUAAUGGUACGGUCUGCUUAUUUAAAGAUCUGAGUUUUCUAGAUCUAUUCAACUCACAUAUCUGAGUUUUCUAGACACCCGUGUUUGCUUAGGUAUGCACCGACGAAAACAGCAAAAGCAUUUGUAACACAGUGCUGGAUUUCAAGGUUACAUAGGCCUAUGCAAAUACAUACUUUAUAACUUUCAUAAACAGUCAAUAAUAAUAAUAAUUAUUAUUAUUAUUAUUAUUAUUAUUGGAAAGACGUUUUUUUCGAAUAUUAAUAUAUAAUGGGAAAACAAAAAUAAAACAUUUGGAGUCAUAAACAGAUUGUGUAAUAAUAGAAAUAUAAAUAAAAAAAAUGUUUGUGUAGAUUUCACUUUUUACUGUUUUUGAUUCAUGUAUUAUCACCUGAAUAAAUAUAUUCUGCCAUUAACCGA